UUUGGUCGGUUUGCUCUCUUUCUCUCGUCCGUUACAGGUUUUGAAUUUAAAAUUUGUGGUGAUGUCUUCAUCCUCCAAAUCCAAGUCCAAAGACAAAAAGAUUGCUAAGGAAACACCCAAGGCCUCUUCAAAAACUUCAAACCAUGCCAAUACUGGUGGUGGGAUCUCCACUAGUGGAUACAAUCCUCUCUCUAGAACAUUCCACAAAGUGGAUUUGGCUGCUGUAUCUUCUGGUGCUCCUCUUCAUGCCAGUGCUCAUUUUAGAAACAUAGAUGAGACAGAUGACGGCACUGGCUACUCAUUUGGAACUGUUUCUGAGCAUGAUUCUGUUUCUAACAAUGGUAGCUGGUCUGGUGAGCAUGAAACUACAUCUCUGCUGCCUCCUAGGCAGGGCACAAUACCCAGUGCUGAUAAUGACAAGCAGGAAAAAAUCCGUCAAAAGAAUGAGAAGAAACAUCAACGCCAAAAAGAGAGGCGCGCACAAGAGUUGCACGAGAAGUGCUCCAGCUAUCUCAUGUCAAGAAAGUUGGAAGGUCUUGCUCAACAACUUGUGGCAAUGGGAUUCCCUCUAGACCGAGCUACAAUGGCUCUUAUUUUGAAUGAAGGCAGAGUUGAAGAAUCAGUGACAUGGUUGUUUACAGAAGGUGAAGUAGCAUACAAGUACAAGGAGCAUAAUCUCGGCGGUGGGGGUAAUUUGAAGAUUGAUAUAUCGGAUGAGCUUGCUCAUAUUGUUGAUUUGGAAAUUAGAUAUCAAUGCUCCAAUCAGGAAGUUGAAAGAGUUUUGGUUGCCUGUGAGGGUGAUUUUGUUAAGGCUGAAGAAACUUUAAGGUCACGGAAGCAGAAGCCCCUUAUGCCACCCACACAAGAAGAAACUGGCAAUCCUCCAACCGUGGGCAGUAGUAAGCUUCCACUAGCUGCUAUCCAGAACUUUAUUGUAGCACCAAAAAAAGUCACUUCAUCCACUAAUUCAACACAGAAGAGGGAUGAGAAAGCGUCAAAUUAUUCAAAAGUUGCAACUGUAGCGAGUUCAUCUAUAGAUCCUGGAAACAAAAUUGCACAAUCAUUGAAGAGAGCUCAACCAAAAAAGGACCAGACAAAGCCACCAGUAGUAGUUGUGCCUGCUGACAAAAAGUUGCCAGGCGCAGAAUCAAAUCCUCCUGCCUCCUAUUCUUUACCAACAUCACCUCAACCAGUAAAGGUAGAAGCUCAGUACGAAGCAGUUGGGGAGGCAUUGAAGAAUCUGCAGCUAGGAAGCUUAAGAGAACAUGUUGUACCGAUGCAACUACCCCAACCCAUCAGUGCAAAGCAGAUUCCCACCCCGAGUGUGAGUUCAUCAUCUUCAUGUCCACCAGGGACUUCUGCUGGUUGGUUCCCAAAUACCCCAGCACCUCUGGACCCUAGUGGUUUAACGCCACAUGUUCUUGGACCAAGGAACCUGAACCCCAAUAGUGUCAGUAAAAGCGAAUUGUACAGCCAACUUCAUUAUCAACAGCAGCAACCGCAACAAUGUGUGUCAAACACUGCCUUUCUCGAACCCCUUGGAACAAGCUGGGGCAACAAUUUGUGGAAUAUAACUACUCCUCAGUCUCAUUCACUAGCCGCUGCUCCCCCCUCAGGACUCUAUUCUACAUUCAGUGCCAAUGCUCAAUCAAGCUCAUCACCUUCUGUGGGCUGGAAGCCUUAUUACUCAGUGCCACAGAUUAAUUACAACAAGAUUGAUUGGAGAUUGGAUCUCCCUACACCAUCCGAUGGGAUAUGGUCCACAAUGAACUUUCUCAUGCAAAGCAACAACCGGCCUCGGACUUAUGAUCCAUUUACAUCUGCACUUGGUGGUAGGGCUGCUGCUAUGGGACCUGUUGUGUCGAAUCGCAAUGGUGUUUCAAUGCUAAGGUCUCAGGAUAGAGGAGCAGGCACACACACCCCGGCUAUUGUAUUGCAUGAGUGGGCUUCACCAUUCGAAGAAAGAGAUCUUUUUGGCUUACAGUUACUCCGACAGUUUGUUUCUUCUCCUUCGCUUUAGGGUAGAGUGACUUAGAGAAGGGAAUAAAUGGUGAAAAAAAUACCCAUAAUUGUAUGUAGUGUAGGUUUGAUGCUGUGGCCCUUGUUGAUUGUUGUACUGUUUCAGUGGUAAAAGCAUUCAAGUCCUUUUCAUUUGCAAA